AUGGAUCGAUCGCUACGACAACUAACAAACCAAGCAAGGCGUUCUAUUGCCUCGAGUAGAAUAUCUCGCAGUCUAACUAGGUUCGCUCAAAGUGUGUACCGUUCCCUGCCGACAAGACGCAGCAGUCUAUCAGAAAGCGUUAAUUUUGACCAUCUGGGACGUCGUCUGAGAGAGGUGUUUCUGCCCUCCCACCACCGCAGGAACUAUGACAAACCUCUAAGCGGUCGUAAUCGAACAAACAGUGAGGGAUAUGCUGACGAAAAAGGGGACAAUCCAAUAACCGGCGCAAGAACACGCAGGGCGAAACAACGACCACAAUCAAUGAGGCCGUCGACGUCACAAGACACGGUGCAGCAGAUUCUGAGUGCCCUGCAGCAGGCCGGACUGACGCCCCAGAGAGUAGGGGAUGACCGCUUAACUUUGACGUGGCCUAUGGAGACAGACAUCGACGCUGUGGAGUCGCGAGAACCCCUUGCAAUCGAGCUGCAGGUAUGCAGCGAGCAGGGCGUGAAAUUCCGACGGCUCACUGGCUCCGAAGAUGCCUUUCGCAAGGAAUCGGAGGGCAUUGUCGCUCUCAUCCACUCGCAGUGUGGGUGGUGA